GGCAGGGGGCGCUGUCGGGGCGCGCACGCGUGCGCGGGAGCGGUGCCGCGAUGGCGGCGCUGCUGGAGCACGAGAGCCAGAUCUUCCUGGAGCUGUUCCACCGCGACGGGCUCGUCGUGUGCGCCCGCGGGCUCGGCAUCGACCGCCUGCUGCUGCGCUUCCUGCGCCUCUACUGCGAGCCCGCCAGCCUCGUGCUCGUGCUCAACACCAGCCCCGCCGAGGAGGAGUAUUUUAUUGAUCAGCUGAGGUCAGAUGGAGUUGUUCAUCUCCCUCGACGCGUUACUAAUGAAAUUGCAAAUAAUACUCGAUAUGAAUUUUAUACACAAGGAGGAGUCAUCUUUGCAACAAGUCGGAUCCUUGUGGUAGAUUUCCUCACUGACAGAAUUCCUGCCAAUCUCAUUACCGGCAUUUUGGUGUACAAAGCACACAGAAUCAUUGAGUCCUGUCAGGAAGCGUUCAUCUUGCGACUUUAUCGCCAGAAGAACAAGCAAGGCUUUAUUAAAGCUUUUACAGAUAAUGCAGUUGCAUUUAACACUGGCUUUUGUCAUGUGGAAAGAGUAAUGAAAAAUCUUUUUGUUGGGAAGCUUUAUCUGUGGCCAAGAUUUCAUGUAGCAGUACACUCCUUUUUAGAGAAGCAUAAACCUGAAGUGGUGGAAAUACACGUGGCAAUGACCCCUGCUAUGCUUGCUAUCCAGACUGCAAUCCUGGACAUUCUGAAUGCAUGUCUGAGGGAACUCAAACGUUAUAACCCAGCUCUUGAAGUAGAAGAUCUAUCUUUAGAGAAUGCUAUUGCUAAACCUUUUGACAAGACGAUACGUCACUAUUUAGAUCCUCUCUGGCAUCAGCUUGGAGCUAAGACAAAGUCUUUGGUCCAGGAUUUGAAGGUCCUACGUACUUUGCUACUGUAUCUAACCCAGUAUGAUUGUGUCACUUUCCUUAAUCUUCUGGAGUCACUGAAAGCAAGUGAAAAAGCUUUUGGUGAGAAUUCAGGCUGGCUGUUCCUUGACUCCAGUACUUCAAUGUUUGUGAAUGCUCGAGCUCGAGUUUAUCGCAUGGCAGAUGAGAAACUGAAUCAGAAAGGCAAAGGCUCAGGCUCUGAAAAACGUGAUGCAAAGAAGGAAACUGAACUGAAAAAGGAAUUGGUUCUAGAAAGUAACCCAAAAUGGGAAGCUUUGAGAGAAGUACUGAAAGAGAUUGAAAAUGAGAAUAAGAGCAGUGACAACCUUGGUGGUCCAGGGCAAGUGCUCAUUUGUGCCAGUGAUGACCGAGCCUGUGCACAGCUCAGGGAGUAUAUUAUUACUGGAGCAGAAGCUUUUUUAACAAGACUAUAUAACAAAACCUUCGGAAAGGACGAGAAAGCUGGAGAAUUGUGGAUUAAGGACAGAAAAGCCGAAGGAAAUGCCAAACCAGACACAGGGCCUCAGGCCAAAAAAGCCAAACUCACAGCUUCUUCAAAACAAAAUAAACACAAGAAGCAGCAAGACCGGACUAUAAUCCAAAUGAUAGGGAAAACUGAGGAGGAAAAAAGAGAGGACGUCGAGGUGGAAGACAAACCAGAAUUAAGUGGUAGCCAAGAAGGCAACACUGAAGAGACCAUUCCUGAAGAUUUUGAUGUGAACUUGCCCUCAGAUUGUUACUAUGGGAUUUUCAAGGACCCACUGACGAUUAUCCACCCGCUGCAGGGCUGUGGGGAUCCCUACGCACUCACUCGGGUGCUGCAUGAAGUGGAACCCAGAUAUGUUGUGUUGUAUGAUGCAGAACUCACUUUUGUUCGGCAGCUGGAAAUCUACAAGGCAAGCAGACCUGGGAAGCCUUUGAGAGUUUAUUUCCUCAUAUAUGGGGGCUCCACAGAAGAGCAGCGCUACCUUACAGCUCUGAGAAAAGAGAAGGAGGCCUUCGAAAAACUCAUUCGAGAGAAGGCCAGCAUGGUUGUUCCUGAAGAAAGAGAAGGAAGAGAUGAAACAAACUUAGACCUCCUCAGAGAUGCUAGACCUGCCUCUGUGUCUGCUGACACACGCAAAGCAGGCGGACAGGAACAGAAGGGUGUCCAGCAAACCAUAAUCGUGGAUAUGCGGGAAUUCCGUAGUGAGCUUCCAUCACUGAUCCAUCGCCGUGGGAUCGACAUUGAGCCUGUGACGUUGGAAGUUGGGGAUUAUAUUCUAACCCCUGACAUCUGUGUGGAGCGGAAGAGCAUCAGCGAUCUAAUUGGUUCCUUGAACAAUGGCAGGCUGUACGCACAGUGCGUGUCCAUGUGCCGCUACUACAAGCGGCCAGUUCUCCUCAUUGAAUUUGAUCCCAACAAAUCCUUCUCCUUGAUCCCUCGAGGCUCUUUACAGCCAGAAAUUUCCAGUAAUGAUGUUACUUCUAAACUAACCCUUCUCACACUGCACUUCCCAAAGUUACGAAUCCUGUGGUGUCCUUCUCCCCAUGCUACUGCUGAACUGUUUGAAGAAUUGAAACAAAACCAUCCCCAACCCGACGCAGAAACAGCGAUGGCCAUCACUGCAGAUUCCGAAAUUCUUCCUGAGUCAGACAAGUAUAACCCUGGGCCUCAGGACUUCUUGCUAAAAAUGCCAGGGGUUAAUGCAAAGAACUGUCGUGCCUUAAUGACCCAUGUUAAAAGCAUUGCAGAGCUGGUGACACUGUCCAAGGAUGAGCUAGCCAAGAUUUUGGGUAAUGCUACCAAUGCCACACAACUCUUCGAUUUUAUUCACCUGACCUAUGCAGAGGCACUAGCCAAAGGAAAAAGCAAAAGAUGACUCAUGACAUUGUUCAACACACAGCACAGAUAAGCUUUUCUGGCAGAGUACUUUGACAAAUACAUGAAAUAUUUUCAUAAAUGUCCUUUCUAAGAUAACCAGCUGUUUCUUGCUAUUGCUGUUCCAUCAGUUUUAGCAUGUGAGUUAAUUAUUACUGAAGGUAAGUUUCAAGAGGAAAAGGUAUUUUUAAAAGAGAAAGGUGAAUUAUCUUUCUUCUUCUUAAAGCACUUUAAUCAAUUCUAUAAUACCACUGAAUUAGCUAAAUGAAGUUUUUCACCAAGACCAUAAGAAUUAAGUGCUAAGACUAACUUAUAAAGGCGUUUUGUGAAAGUUAUGAUGUCUUGUUCCAGCUAAAAAUGUGCUGUUUUGAUUAGUCUAUGUGACCCGCUGCAUGAUACAACACUGCUUUUGCCAUUUUUAAUGUCUUUGGCAAUUGCCAGUUUUUGAUUGACAGUGAUGGAGCUAUUUGAAACACAUUGUGGUCUUUACUCAAGACUUUGUUUAGAAUAUAUUGGGACUGAAUCCUGAAUUUUAGAACGUGACCGUAAGCCUUUGUCACAGUAAAAUCCAUUUGUAUCCUAUGCCCUAUAUUUUGCUUGCUUACCUUACUACCAGUUACACUUUUUACCAUUCCAAAGCCAGUAAAGCUGUCUUGCUGGAUUUUGCAAGCUGCUCUCCUUUAGUCACUGGGUAGAGAUUCUAUGGUGCUGCAGUGUCACUUAAUUUCAAGAGUGCCUUACUUAUACUUUUAAGAGGCUUUGUUUUUCACUCAGUUUUGAUAGCUCUUUCACCUCCUCUUUCACUUGAAAGUGAAAAAUCUGGGUGUACCAUUGGCACUGUGCCUUUAUACCAAAGAAUAUUUCCUCUUGUAAAACGCAGUUGUUUUCUAAACAAGGUUUUCCAAAAGUGUUGAAAGUUCGUCCAAUAUUGGCUUCUUUUGUGUCCUAUUGCUCUUGUAUUUUUAUGUCUCAAAUCAACUGUGUAAUAAACUCAGUAAAGCUAUUGUCAUGUACAAGAUAAUACUUUUAGCAUUUUGUAUAGCAUAAAAGAGGGAAAAGUUUGUGAAUGUGUGCAUUGUGAAAUCAUAUAUUCUACAUUGAACUUUGAUACAACUAUGUAACAAACUGCCGUUGCCAAAAGGAGUUGGUCCAGUAUUAUUCCAUGCUAAUGUAUUUACAUUUGCUAUUUAAAAAACCUUUAUCUAUGACUUGCACAUGUAUUUAUACGAUUCUAAUGGGAACAACGGGCCAGUAUGAUCUCCUUCAUGAAAGGAGAAAAUAUUUUUUGUGUUCAGGUUCAGUAAAAACUGUACUGUCACUAAAAUGUUUAUUGUAAAUUUUAAGUGUGAAUUAUGAAUUGUUAACUUUAAUCUAUGGCUGAGCUAUGACAAAUUUCCAAGGGAACAUUUUUCUGCAGAUGCAAAUUUUAUUAUUAAAUGCACCCAUAAUAAGAUUAAAAUUUGUUCAUUAUCUUGUUUUUCAUUUGGCUGUAUUGAUAUUCAGAACAUUUUUAUUUUUGUGUGUGGAUUACAAUCCAGAUCUUAGAGUUUCUACUGCCCUAGAUUCUGAUUUAUUUAAUAUGAGAAGAAGUCUUUCCAUGAGACUUUUGUGUAUUCAAAUUAAUAUUGUCAGAUGUGCAGAGGGUUGAUAAUGCCUGUAAAGCAGUGCUAAGAGAACUGAAAAUCAGAGUAAGAUCAAACUGUCCUGAGUGCAGGCCUGUAGAGCCUGAUUCAGAAAAGGGCAGCUGACCAGCCUUUGAGAACAAGCAUUGCUUGUGCAAUGGGCUUUAGGGUGCUCCAUGAACUGAAGGUUUGGGGUUUUUCCACAGAUGCUGCCUCAGCUCUGUCGGUGAGGUUUGGAGUUUUUGCACUGAUGUGUAUGGGGUGAAAAUGAAGGGUAUAAUAGCAGGUGAUAAAGUUGUAGCUUUGUGUUGUAUGCUAGGUAAGAAUUACAUCAUGCAAUUAAAUAAUUAUUUGCUAAAUAUUUUAAUGAAAUUGCCUUUUGCUUAUAUGUACGGAAUUUUUGUAAAGCUGUUUCUUUUUUCUCUCUCUACGCAAGAUUUGCCCUUUUUCUCUGGAAUAACCACAAGUAGCAUUGUUGCAUGCUAUUAUUGCUGCUGUGAUUUGGCAUUUCACUGUAUUAGGUUCGAUUGCCAGUUAGAGCUGUGUCCUCCUGGGACAGGUAUGGACUAUGCUCCCAGGUGGGAGAGGUCCUGUGUCCUGAAACCACUUAUCCCUGACAUAAUGGAUCCAAAGGCUCUGCCUGAAUGCAGUCAUAACACAAGGUUGGGUAAACAAUGAAAAUCCUCUCUUUGAUGAACAAUCAUGGAAGUUGUACAUCUUGUCACAGCUGAUGUUUUUAAUUUGUGCUUUUUUUUUAAAACUGCCUUCAGUUUGGGAGUGUCUCCACUUCUUCCUUAUCCCCUAACUAAGACUUCAUGUUCUCAGGUCCCUCAGUAGGUGAAGCCUUCCUGUGUGGGGUUCACAUGCUAUAGAAUGGCCAAGUUGCUCCUUUAUGCAGCUUCUCCUGGGCUUUGGUCACUGACAGUUCAUCUAGAAUAACCACACAACCUCUUAGGAGCAAAUGCAGCUUGUAUUAGCAAAUCUAUUUAGCACAGGAUAGAUGAAGCUGCAGUCCCUGUGUUUAAGUCAUCUGGUUACUGUUCCUGCACAUGGGGAUACUUGCCGUUUCAAGCUACAGCUGCAAAAGGAAACUUUGCUGGCAGUGUUGUCACUGUGCAGCCCCUAAUCAAAGCAAACCUUACCUUCAAAAUUUCUUCUGCACAAACAGGUAAAGUAGGGCUUUUCUGGAAGUAGCUAGAUUGAUUGUUUCAAAACUUAAAUGUUAAUUAUUUGGCCAGAACUCCACACAGUUUAUAAAAUAUGUAGCCGUGCUGUUAAAAACAGUGACUCUUUUGGAAAGUGGAAAAAAUUAAGUGUGAGGAUUGUUGUGAUUGUGAUUUCACAUUUGCAGAGUGAUAGUACAAUCACAACUUAAUUUUUAAGAAUUAAAAUAUCUGUCUCUAAAGCUUUCCUUACUCAGGAUUCCAAUUCUGACUAUAGAAUAGAAUCCAAAAGCAAAUAUCUGCCAAAAAAUAAUUAUUAAAUGGCUACCUUACAUACCAAACACCAUAAAGAAAUGUAACUGAGUGUCAAUAAAGAAACUUGUCCUGUUUCCGGUAUUUCAGGCUCCAUAAGCUGGGUUUACAAUCCUUUCCUAAGGACCAUUUAGGAUAAAGUUCUCUUUAGCCCUUACUCCAAGAUAACCUAAAUUAAAUUAAUAUUCUGUUGAUCUGUUUUGUAAAAUAUGUGAUUUCAAGAAAUGCAAAUAGGAUCAGAAACCAGAAAGUUCAGAAACCAUUGCUCCAGCAUUUUGUAAUACCGUGUCAUUAUAACUUAUUUCAUGUGUUCUUUCUUCAUAUAAUAGCAAGAAUUUUGGAUAUUUGCAGAAUCAAACUAAGAAUAAGCCCUUUUAUGUGCUUCAUAUGAAGUCUUUAAUAUAUUGUUAACUGUUACAUACCUUCUUGCAUUGAAAAUACAUUACCAAUCUAGUAUGUGCACUUUCUUAAUUUGCAUAUUUUGAUAAGAUUGUACAAAGAAGUACUCAAGUGUUUUAAAGUUUCAGUGCCAUUUUUAUUGAGUACAUAAUGUUAGGAGCUCAUCUCCCAGACUUUUCAAUACAGAUAGGUUGGCCAUUUUUAUAACUUGAGUUUUGAUGUGUAUUUUGGAAGCUUCUUCUCAAUAAGUUAAAGGGAAGAAAUGUCUUCAGUCACAGUCUUAAAAAUGGGAACUGCUUAGUAGUUUGGCUGGCCAUGACUUAGCUGAGAGAUGAAUUCUUACUGAAGUUAGUGAGGGUAACCAGGGCUCCUACACUGCUAUGGUGAUUUGUUCUCUAAACAGAUGUUGCUGCAACUUAUCAAAAUGGGCCUGUGUAUGUACUAAUUUUAGUAUCUUUUUUUAAAAGCAUGACAAAAUUACUUUAAUCCACAACUGCUAUGAAGCAGUCUUCCUAGAAUAUUUAAUCAGGGCUAAAUAAGAUAACCGUUUUCUCAGCUUGCAUUUUACCGUAGUUCUGUCUGUGAGAGUUUCCCUCUAUAAAUAAAAGCAUAGUUUUCAUUU